AUGGGCAUUCGAAUAACAACUUGGAAUGUCAAUGGCAUUCGCAAUCCCUUUGGAUAUCAGCCAUGGAGAGACAAACGAACCUUCGAGGCUAUGUUUGACAUCCUUGAGGCCGACAUAGUUGUCUUUCAAGAGACCAAGAUCCAGCGAAAAGAUCUCCGAGAUGAUAUGGUGCUUGUUCCAGGCUGGGACAACUACUGGAGCCUCCCAAAGCACAAAAAGGGAUAUUCUGGCGUCGUCAUAUACACUCGCAAUGCCGUCUGCGCACCUAUCCGAGCCGAAGAAGGCAUCACUGGAAUUCUCACUCGACCAAACUCCUCCACCAGCUUUCGAGACCUGCCGGAAGAUGAACAGAUCGGAGGAUAUCCCACCCUCGAACAAUUGUCGCAGUCUGAGUUCGACCCUGCCGCCCUUGACUCCGAGGGAAGAUGUGUCAUCCUGGAAUUCCCAGCCUUCGUCCUGAUCGGCACAUAUUGUCCAGCAGAAAGAGACGAAACCCGUACACAUUUCCGCUCCGCUUUCCUCAGGGUACUCGAUGGAAGAAUUCGGAACCUAGUAAAGAUGGGUAAGAAAGUGAUUUGGACCGGGGAUCUCAAUAUCUCUCGAGAAGAAAUCGACACGGCUGCAGCUGAGGAGAGCAUGCGGAAGAAUGAAAUGAAUGCCAUCGAGUGGAUCUCCACUCCCGCAAGACGAAUGUUCAAUCAGCUUCUUGUUGGUGGCAAAGUUCAUGGCGAAAGAGAUGAAGGUCGCGAGACUUCAGUAAUGUGGGACAUUUGUCGUGGCUUUCAUGAGGGUCGCAGAGGCAUGUAUACCUGUUGGGAAACUAAAGUCAAUGCUCGACCUGGGAACUUUGGUGCGAGGAUCGACUACGUGGUCUGCAGUCAUGACAUGAAGGAUUGGUUCAGCGAUUCAAACAUACAAGAGGGCCUCUUAGGCUCGGAUCACUGCCCAGUCUAUGCAACUCUCAAGGACAAGAUACUUGAUGGCGACAACGAGAUGCACAUGAUCGACCUCUUGAAUCCCCCUGGCAUGUUCGAGACCGGUGUGCGAAAACGGGACUGGACCAAUAAAGAUCUGUUGCCCAUGUCUGGCAAACUGAUACAGGAAUUUGACAAGAGACGCAGCAUCAAAGACAUGUUCACCCGUAAACCACUACUGCCAACUUCGAAGAGUACAAUUCAAGAAAAUGGUGAAGGUCAGAUCACGGAAAGCAUAGUUUUAUCAUCGUCGCUCUCUGUCGAAGAAACGAUCAACACCCCCGACACUGCGAUGGAUCCACCAACGAAUAAAAUAUCGCUCUCUAGAACUACAUCUAGCGCCAUCAAUACCCAAUCUCCUAGCAAAGCAGUCAAUGGCAAACGUUUAGCCAGUACGGCAUCUGCGCCUACUGCCAAACGAUCCAAGUCCGCUUCUCAGUCUGGUCUCAAUGGGGCUGUCAAAGGUCAACAAAGCCUGAAAGGAUUCUUCGCAGCAAAACCUUCUCCAGUAGCGAACACCAAAUCGGAGCUGGCUCUGACUGAAGACACGAGUGGUUCUGAGACCCCACCUUCGCCCACUGAUGCUGGAAUCGUCAUAUCAGAAGAGACCAAACCUUCCACAUUUCCAUCACCUGCCAAAUCUGACGCAACCUUUGAGAGUGAAGCAUCUUCUUCUGCCGCAAAACAAAGUUGGGGCAAGCUGUUUGCAAAGCCUGUUUCCCCAAGAUGUGAACACGAAGAGCCAUGCAAGACGAUGGUGACACGAAAGCCUGGUGUCAACUGUGGCCGCUCCUUCUGGAUGUGUAAUCGCCCCUUAGGACCCAGUGGAAACAAGGAGAGAGGUACUCAAUGGAGAUGCAGCACCUUCAUCUGGGCUAGUGAUUGGGACACUCGUGCUGCUCCCGACCCGCCUUGA